AAGCACCUUUCCGAAGCGUUGAAAGAAUUCGAACGCGUCUAUUCUCCAAGUACUUCCGGUUCAUCUUGCUUGAGUCGAGUUGGAGACAACAUUUCGGGGACAAGAAUGAGAGUUCGAAGACCCACCCACGACAAGGUUAUAACCACCGAGGCACAUUGCGUGAGCAUUCUUCCAGUCUAAUGACCUGUCCGUCAAGUACUUCCGUGUCAUCUCGCUCGGCUCGGAACGUAAAGGAACGUUCCUCGGCAAAAACAAGAAUCCGAGAACAACAAGAAGAAAACAAAUGAGGAACGUCGGUUUGCGAAAGGAGUGAACAACAAAAAAAUAUUCAUAUCGAAACUGUUGGAAACGGUUGACGAUUGGCUAAAGGUCGUUCAAACUGAACUGAAUAAACUGAUAUCCGGAAAGAGUUUGAGAUCCCAAGAAGCUGUCACCGGGGUCGCAGAUGUGCUGGAGCCUAUCCCAGGUGUCUUCGGGCAGUAGAUGAGGAGUUACGUUUAGGGAUGGAUUUGUCUCAGAGAGACAGGCUCUCUGAGCUUGUCGAGGAGCUUACCACUUCUGGACAGCUGAAGAUCGACAAGGAAAAAAUCAGGGAAGUCAAGAAGAUAUGCAAGGAGUCUAACGACUACAUCGAUCAUGUCUACCACUCAUUAAUGUCCCAGCUCAACCAAGACCAUGCUGAGAUCCGUCUGUCAGCCUUUCAGAUAGCCAGUGAACUUUUCCCCAAAUCACAUCACUUCAGAACCCUCCUGGUGGACAACUUCCAGGAAUUCUUGGAGUUGACUGUAGAGACCAACAUUGAGCGGCCUCUGCCCCCUCCUCAACUAGUAGCCAGGAAACUUAGAUCACUUGCUAUCCAGACUAUCCAGACCUGGCAGUCCUCUUAUGGGUCAGCAUAUAAGAAGUUGGAGCUGGGUUAUUAUUUUCUCAAACAGUUUAAAAAGGUGGACUUUCAGGAUGCUGAGGCCAGGACAGUAGCAGAGCGAGAACGAGAAACUGAGAGACAAAGGAAAAUGGAGAGGAUAUACAGCAAGAGACUGAAAGCAGCCAUGAGAGAUAUGGAGGACUCCUCCCCAGAUAUUGAGGUUGCACUGACAGAAUUAGACUCCUGUUUGAAGCUGCUUUCCCAUGAGUUCCCCCUUCUAGACAGCCUGACAACUAACAGCUGCCCGCUCACACAACCAACCACUGGAUGUUUGUCGGAUGAUGAACAACCCUGCUGUAGCAAAAACUUAAUGAAUGACAGAACACAGAAGAUGCAAGAAAGCAAAGAAAAUGACAAUGAGAAUAGAGAAGAGUGGGAGGAGAAAAAAACAAAGAAAAAGAAGCAUAAAAGGUCUGAAAAUGAAGAAUUAAACAGGAGUAACAAACAGAACAAAGGUGAGAUGGAAGGGGAACAAAGGUAUAAGAUGAAACAUGAGGACAAGACCAGACGUGAAGCAGAAGAGGAGGACCCCCUUCAUGGAGACUCAUUUAUUCGAAACUCUGGCCUUAUCUCUCGCUCAUAUUGUCUGGACUUGAACCUUAGUCAUGGUCUUCAUGUAGACGAGACAGAGGAUAAUGAAGCUGUAGUUUCCACAUUGUUAGACCUACAAAGACUACUAUCAACCAAGCACCUACCAGCUGUGCGCCAAUGGGUUCAGGUCUUCACGAAGUCAGGUGCUAAUCAGCGUCUGUUGAGUAGAGCACUGUAUCUUAAAAGCUCCCUCGAAGCUUCCCUGCUGAAAUUGAGGAAGUUGAACAUUGACUCUCAGAACAGAGUUAACAAAACGAUGUAG